GGGGAACGAAAGGAAAGAAAGCCGGGAAGCCUCCUCCGCCAGCGGCCUGGGCCUCAGGACCACCACCCCGGGGGACAGUGGCUGCCCACCCCCCUGAGGGAACCGAGGAGGGACGACUGGACCGCGGAGCCCCCCCCCCCCAAACUGUCUUUUCCUUCCGACCUCUGAGGGGGAAAACAAGCCAUACAUCUGCAGCCCCCUCCUUCAAAGUUCCCUCAGUGACAAAAGCCCCCCGAUUUUAAAGGGGGCGGCCUUCCGUGACCGAUUUAUCCCCCUCCCCUUAAAAAAGGGGGCCCCCAGUCUUCAGGGGCGGGGGUAGAAAAGGGGGGGCGCCGCCUCCUGAGGGGAAACCGCCCCUUCCCCCUCCCCCAGCCGCUCUUCUCAGGGCGGGGGGGUCGCUGAAGAGAGAGGAAAGAGACAACUGAUCGUUCCCCCCCCUCCUUAGUCCUCCCCCCGGUCCGGACUUCGCCGGCUGUCGCGCGUGGCGGCAGAGCGGGAGAGGCGGCGGAGGCGGCGUGGGGCUCCGUAGGGGCGGGCGAGGGAGGGCGAGGUGGCCGGCCGAGGCUCCGCGCUUGGUUCCUGCGGCGGCGGCGGCGAAGGAGGAAGAGGAAGAGCGAGAGAGCGACGAGGAGAAGGAGGCGCGCCAGGGAACCCAGUCGCCACCGCCGCCGCUUCCCGGCCUCCGCCAUGGAGAACGCGCACACCAAGACCGUGGAGGAAGUCCUGGCUUAUUUCAGCGUCAACGAGAGCACCGGCCUCAGCUUGGAGCAGGUCAAGAAGCUCCGCGAGCGGUGGGGAACCAACGAACUACCAGCUGAAGAAGGAAAAACUUUACUGGAGCUCGUGAUCGAACAGUUUGAAGACUUAUUAGUUAGAAUUUUGUUGUUGGCAGCGUGUAUAUCUUUUGUUUUGGCCUGGUUUGAAGAAGGUGAAGAAACAGUAACAGCCUUUGUAGAGCCUUUUGUAAUUUUACUCAUAUUAGUUGCUAAUGCAAUUGUUGGUGUGUGGCAGGAGAGAAAUGCUGAAAAUGCUAUUGAAGCUCUUAAAGAAUAUGAACCUGAAAUGGGCAAAGUAUAUCGACAAGACAGAAAAAGUGUCCAAAGGAUAAAAGCUAGAGACAUCAUCCCCGGUGAUAUUGUGGAAGUAGCUGUUGGAGACAAGGUCCCUGCUGAUAUAAGAAUUACUUCUAUAAAAUCUACAACUCUAAGGGUAGACCAAUCAAUUCUUACAGGUGAAUCCGUAUCUGUAAUCAAGCACACAGACCCUGUGCCUGAUCCUCGUGCAGUGAAUCAGGACAAGAAGAACAUGCUCUUUUCUGGUACGAACAUUGCUGCAGGCAAGGCCAUGGGUGUGGUUGUGGCAACAGGGGUCAACACCGAAAUUGGCAAAAUUCGUGAUGAAAUGGUGGCCACCGAGCAGGAGAGGACCCCGCUCCAGCAGAAGCUGGAUGAAUUUGGGGAACAGCUGUCAAAGGUCAUCUCACUUAUAUGCAUUGCGGUGUGGAUAAUCAACAUUGGUCACUUCAAUGAUCCUGUCCACGGUGGCUCUUGGAUCCGGGGUGCCAUCUACUACUUCAAAAUUGCUGUCGCCCUGGCGGUGGCUGCAAUCCCCGAAGGUCUGCCUGCUGUCAUUACCACCUGCUUGGCUCUGGGAACCCGCCGGAUGGCCAAAAAGAACGCUAUUGUUCGAAGCCUACCAUCCGUGGAAACCCUGGGCUGCACUUCAGUCAUUUGCUCAGACAAGACUGGCACUCUCACCACCAACCAGAUGUCUGUCUGCAGGGUAUUCGUUCUGGACAGAGUGGAAGGGGAUAGCUGUUCUCUGAAUGAAUUUACAGUGUCUGGCUCAACAUAUGCUCCCGUAGGAGAAGUGCAUAAAGAUGACAAACUUGUCAGAUGCUCUCAGUAUGACGGCCUUAUAGAAUUGGCAACCAUCUGUGCCCUCUGCAACGACUCUUCUCUGGAUUUCAAUGAGGCAAAGGGAGUAUAUGAGAAGGUUGGUGAAGCUACCGAGACAGCCCUCACUUGCCUGGUUGAGAAGAUGAAUGUGUUUGACACGGAACUGAAAGGCUUGUCAAGAAUUGAACGAGCAAAUGCCUGCAACUCGGUGAUAAAGCAACUCAUGAAGAAAGAGUUCACUCUUGAAUUCUCACGAGAUAGAAAGUCGAUGUCUGUGUACUGCACUCCAAACAAGCCCAGUCGGACGGCCAUGAGCAAGAUGUUCGUUAAGGGUGCUCCCGAAGGUGUGAUCGAUAGGUGUACGCACAUCCGGGUCGGAAGCACUAAAGUGCCUUUGACUCCAGGAAUUAAGCAGAAGAUCCUGACUGUCAUCCGAGAGUGGGGCUCAGGCAGAGACACUCUGCGUUGUCUAGCUUUGGCAACACACGACAAUCCACUCAGGAGGGAUGAAAUGAAGCUGGAGGAAUCUGCAAACUUCAUUACUUAUGAGACCAAUUUGACCUUCGUCGGCUGUGUGGGCAUGUUGGAUCCCCCCAGAAUUGAAGUGGCUUCAUCCAUAAAGCUGUGCAGGCAAGCUGGUAUUCGCGUGAUCAUGAUAACGGGGGACAACAAAGGGACUGCGGUGGCCAUCUGCCGUCGCAUUGGCAUCUUUGGGGACGAUGAAGAUGUCACCACAAAAGCUUUCACCGGCCGUGAAUUUGACGAACUCUCCCUAGCUGCCCAGAGAGACGCUUGCCUAAAUGCCCGCUGUUUUGCCCGUGUGGAGCCUUCCCAUAAGUCUAAAAUUGUCGAGUUCCUGCAGUCUCUUGAUGAGAUCACAGCUAUGACUGGUGAUGGAGUCAACGAUGCCCCAGCCCUGAAGAAAGCAGAGAUUGGGAUUGCAAUGGGGUCAGGCACCGCCGUGGCAAAGUCAGCUUCAGAAAUGGUGCUGGCAGAUGACAACUUCUCGACUAUCGUAGCUGCUGUGGAAGAGGGCCGUGCAAUCUACAAUAACAUGAAACAGUUCAUUCGCUACCUCAUCUCUUCAAAUGUCGGGGAGGUUGUCUGUAUCUUCCUGACUGCUGCUCUGGGUUUCCCUGAAGCUUUAAUCCCCGUCCAGCUGUUGUGGGUAAACCUUGUGACGGAUGGCCUCCCUGCCACUGCCCUGGGAUUCAACCCCCCUGAUCUGGACAUCAUGGACAAACCUCCUCGCAAUCCUAAAGAGCCCCUGAUCUCUGGCUGGCUCUUUUUCCGUUAUUUGGCCAUAGGAUGCUAUGUUGGAGCUGCUACCGUGGGGGCUGCCGCUUGGUGGUUUAUUGCUGCUGAUGGUGGCCCAAGAAUCACCUUCUACCAGCUGAGCCAUUUCCUGCAGUGCAAAGAUGAAAACCCAGAUUUUGAAGGUGUCGACUGUGUUGUCUUUGAGUCUCCGUAUCCUAUGACGAUGGCUCUCUCUGUCUUGGUCACCAUUGAGAUGUGCAAUGCCCUCAACAGCCUGUCAGAGAACCAGUCCUUGCUGCGCAUGCCUCCGUGGGAGAACGUCUGGCUGCUGGGUUCCAUCUGCUUGUCCAUGUCUCUUCAUUUCCUCAUCCUCUAUGUGGAGCCACUGCCACUGAUAUUCCAAAUCACACCCCUGAAUCUGACCCAGUGGCUGAUGGUGCUGAAAAUCUCGCUGCCCGUCAUUCUGCUGGAUGAGACACUUAAAUUUGUGGCGCGUAACUACUUAGAGCCUGGUAAACAUAGUAUGCUGCCUGCCACCAAACCACGACCUCUGUCCGCAUGCACUGAAGGGAUUUCCUGGCCGUUUGUGUUCAUUACCUUGCCCUUGGUUAUCUGGCUGUACAGCACAGACACUAACUUUAGUGACAUGUUCAUGUCUUGACCUGAAGUGAUAACCGUUUGACAGAAAGAUGUUUAACUUAAAUCAAUUUUUUUAUUGUUUAAAGCAAUUUGUCUUAUUCUGCUGAAUUUUCACAUGAACAUAUUUGCUGGUGACUGAGGUUUCAUAUUCCUAGAUUUUUGGGUUUUCUUAUUUUUUUCCCCCCUGACUCCAGUAGGGGAGCAGUAUCCCCCCCCCUCUUUUAUACACAACUAGGGUGUCCAUUGACAUGUACAGAGAAAUUAACACUAUUUUAUGCAAAUAUUUUUUGUAGAGGAGAAGCAUGUACAGUGUUCUGUUUAAUAGUUAACCCAUCCUUGUAAAAACAAAAGAAUAGCGUUUUGCGGGGCUGGGGGGGGUGCCAGUGGACACUAUCUAGCAAACUUCAAUUGGUAGCAGAUUUUAGGGAAUGAAUGUUUUUUGGUGUGUUUCUUUUUUUCCCCUCUCAAAACUAAAAGCAUGCAGUUGUGUGUGCAUUCUGCAUGGUCAUCUAAUCUUAAUUUGUCAUUCAGUUGGGCUUUUUCUGCACUGGGCAGAGUAUACUGCUACCUCAGUAUUUCCCCCCCACACCCUCCGCCCUUUCCGUUCUUCUCCCCAUCUUUCUUCUCCUUCCUCUUUCGAUAUUUUAGGUUCUAACUUAAUUUUGUUUACACCCGCCUUAAUGAGAGGUAUGUCUAUUCUCGCUAGUGCAGAAGAGAACCAUUCCAGGUGGUGUUGUAUGGUGGUGUUCCCCCCCAUCUCCCCUUAACACAAGUAGGGAUUUUUUUUUAAAGAUUAUUUAUUUAAAUGUCUUAUUUUUAUUGUAACAGCAUUGUUUCACCAGCAUUGCCUGUUCUGGGAGGGUGGGGGAGACGGCUGCCUGGAUGGGACAUCAAGCAAGGAGUGGAAAAAAUAAUAAUAAUAAAAAACAUCUUUUUAUUGAGAGAUUUCUAUGGCUGUCUUUUCAUUAAGCCCCAGGAACCUGAGUUCCUUUUUAAUUAUCUAUAAUUUUUUUGCACGUGUCAAACUUUUUUUUCUUUCUUUCUUUUUUUUUUUUGUUUGGUUUUAAAAUCUGAGCAUUUGGUAAUGGGACCUGGAAGCAAACAACUCAGAAUGUACACAGCCGGAGUUCUCGCUGGGUUUGGUUUUUUUGUUAAACCUCUAACUGUCAGUGACACAUUUUGGCGUAUAGUCCGCUGGCCACGUUCUUCUAGCCUGAUGUGGAAAAAGUAACCAAGUUUCUGUGUGUAUGUAUGUGCGUGCGUGUGUGUGUUUUGUAAAAUCUGUAAAUACCACAUGACCAAAUGAACAUAUUGUAUAGAACUAUUUUUUAUUUUUAAUGUGGCACUAACCACCGUCAUUCUAUUAAGAUAAAUGUUAGCGCAUGAUGUCGUGUUUUGCCCCUCCAAACUGAGUCCUGUACCAACAAUGUGUAAGUUCAUUAACAGUCCUAACUGUGUGGUGUUUCUCUCCAAUGCCUUCCAACAUUCAUCGACUGAAGUGAGUAUUUCUUUUCCAUUUCACCAUUCCAGUGGUGAUGUGCUGUUUUAAAAAAGAAAAAAGCAUAUGCUGUAUACAUGUCAAAGAAUAAAUGCUGAUUUUUUCCUCCAUCCCAUGCUGCGUUUUGUCAGA